UUCAAAGACUAGAAAAUGAAUGCAUGUGGUCGUUGUUAUGACUGAGGAAGAACUAUUGGGCCUCUGUUCGGCUGGUGCCAGGCACAUGCCUACCAGAAUUUCAUGAGCCACCACCUCACUCAGCUCCGUGAAGGCAUUCAGAAGUGGAGGUUGAUGGUCGAAGACCCUAAAGCCGCAGAGAGUCCUUCAAAUAUUACAGAGGCUGAGCAAUGGCUGCUCAGGAGUGAAGAGUCUCUUGCCAAAAUGGCCUUUGUCAAUUUAUAUGAGCAGGCAUUCCAUUGAGGAUCGCAUAGUAUCGAAGGGUGAGACUACAUCUAUAACCAAGAUGAGUGCCAGAGAUGGUACAUUCCAAAAUUUAAGAAUUUAAAGCUACUAAAGAUUGAUAGAAUUGUCAUUGAAAAAGACUUCCACAUGUACAAGAAGAGGUAUACACAGUACUUCUCAUCCCCUAAAAAGGACAUCUUUAAUUUAGAGGUUGUCUCAAAGAGAAAGAAUGAGAAGCUGGGAUGGUGUCUGCCUCUUAUCCUGAGAAAUUGUUAUGCCUUGUCUUCUUUAAAAAUCUUUGGAUUCACAAUCUCAGUAUUGGAGCUAAAGCGUAUUCUUCACUCUUCAUGAGGACCUUCAUCGUUAGAGCUGAAGAACUGCAAGAUAGUUUCUAGUGGCAAACCAUACCUCCCUUCUGAGAAGUCUAAUGAUUCAAGCAGGAUGAGCAAAUUGUAUCUCGUAUGUUUCUAUCAGUGUGCUCUCAAAGUUGGUGAAGAAGACCUGACCAGAUUGGUUGCAGAAUUAUCUCCUAGAGCCAAGCUACAGAUCUGGCAGUAAUCAAGUUUCAAUUUAGCUGUGCCAA